CUGAAGUGCAGUCGCAACGUCCAUACCUUACUGACAUCGCUGAUAUGUGCUCGCGCAGUUGAACUCGGUUGUUCGAUUUAUCAAGACUGCUCUUGAUCCUCACAUCCGCCGACUGUAAAAGCAUACUAUCGGCCAAUAUACCGCCAUUGAUACAACAACUUCUCACCAACUUCUACGAGCUCAGCUCGAAAGCAUAUAUCAAGCUUCAUACAAACGUGGAAUUCGACGCCAUCGUGUUUAGUUUGAGCAGCUGAAGAUGAGUACCAGCUGGUCCGGUGCAAGAAGAUCAAUACCUUCACUCGAAUUUGCACCAUGUCUUUCCCAACUACACCAGCUUUUGUGCAUGCAGGAACCUGGGACGACGAAACAAGGAAGCAUCCAGCCAUGAAGUGGAUGGAAAACUUUACUCGAACCUUCAACAAGCGGGAGGAGUGGGACAAGGAGGAAAGUGAAUGGCUUUCACAAGACUUCACCUUCGUCAAACCAGACGGCAAAUCCUCCACUGGCAACGCCGUCGCCUUCGCCGAAUCCAAAAACAUGUACCAGCACUUUACCUCCGAGUUCCACGAGCCUUACUUCAUCAUCACCUGGGAGACAAAAGACGGCUGGGAGAUGAUCGGCCAGGCGCAUAUUUUUGCGAACCUCCGCGGCAAUGCAACAGCGCAGGAGAAAAAGGUCCAGGACUUGAGUGGAAGAGAUUGGGAUAUAAAGAUCCCAGGUGCUUUUCACUUCUGGUAUGUUAAACAAGAUGGAGCGCCUCAUGGUGGGAUUUUGAUGAAGAAGAAAGAGGUUAUGAGUGAUAGCCUACCGGUUGUGCAGAUUUUGACAACGAGGGGCGUUCUGCAGCAGCCAUAGUCUACCUUUUCAUGGGAUCGGAGAAUCUGCGCGGUGCUGUGC